AUGGAGGGCGUUCAUGGAGCGUCUGGGGGUCUCGGUCAGCCUGACCUCCGGUUAUCACCCCGAAAGCCGGUGGUAGCUGGUCCCCUACAGGACGGUGAGAGUUUUUACGUGGCAACAUCGUGCCAGCUCCGUCGGCUAGAGGCAGUCAGUCGUUCUCCCAUCUACACCCACUUCAAUGAGACGGUCCAGGGGGCCAGUGUGAUCAGGGCCUUCUCAGAGCAGGAACGCUUCAUCCUGCAGGCUAACGGACACAUUGACCACAACCAGACAGCCUACUUCCCCCGCUUCGUAGCCACCAGGUGGCUGGCUGUGAACCUAGAGUUCCUGGGGAAUCUGUUGGUGCUGGCAGCAGCCGCCUUGGCUGUGAUGGGCAGAGACACACUGAGCCCUGGUAUAGUAGGACUGGCUGUGUCACACUCACUACAGGUGACAGGUAUUCUGAGCUGGAUCGUGAGGUCCUGGACUGAUGUAGAGAACAACAUUGUGUCCGUGGAGAGAGUUAAGGAGUACGCUGACACACCAAAGGAGGCUCCAUGGACCAUAGAAGGCAGCAUGCUCCCGCUGGCCUGGCCCACCCACGGUACCAUAGAACUGGAGGAAUACGGACUGCAGUACCGUAAAGGACUGAACUGGGCCAUGAAAGGAAUUUCCCUCAGCAUUCAGGAGAAAGAGAAGGUUGGGAUAGUGGGCAGGACUGGAGCAGGGAAGUCGUCCCUGGCAUUGGGAAUAUUCCGGAUUCUGGAAGCAGCGAAGGGAGAUAUCUAUAUAGACGGGAUAAACAUCGCUCAGAUCGGACUGCACGAGCUACGCUCCAGAAUCACCAUCAUACCACAGGACCCAGUGUUGUUCUCUGGGUCUCUGAGGAUGAAUCUGGACCCCUUCGAUGGCUACUCUGAUGAGGAGGUGUGGAGAGCCCUGGAGCUCUCCCAUCUCAAGAGCUUUGUGUCUUGCCUGCCGGACAAACUCAACCACGAGUGUUCAGAGGGAGGAGAGAACCUCAGUCUGGGUCAGCGCCAGCUGGUGUGUCUGGCCCGAGCCCUCCUGAGGAAGACGAAGAUCCUAGUUAUGGAUGAGGCCACAGCUGCUGUGGACCUGGAGACAGACAACCUGAUCCAGUCCACCAUCAGAACCCAGUUUGAUGACUGCACUGUCCUGACCAUUGCACACAGACUCAAUACUAUCAUGGACUACACCAGGGUGAUAGUGAUGGACCGAGGUCUGAUCACAGAGAUGGACUCUCCCUCCAACCUCAUCUCAGAGAGGGGUCAGUUCUACCUGAUGUGUAGGGAGGCUGGCCUGGUCUGAGCCCUCCCCAUCCAGGAGGCUCCUGAAUCGGGUAAACCCAGCCACAUCACCCCCUCCCCACCCCCAGGGCUGGAGGGGCCAGAUCAAACGGCCAGGGGCACCAAGGCAGUUAAUACUCUACUAAAGACAAAGAGCUACAGAAAUAAAAACCCUUUUCAACUCCUUUCAUUUUCAAAACAAAUGUUGUGAAAGGAUAUGAGGAAAGGAUAUGAGGAAAGGAUAUGAGGAGCGAAGCUUGAAGACAGAAGAGGGAUGAGAAUGACGUAGGGCUGAUGUGGGGAUCGGAUGAUGUUUGAGGCUGUCUGUUUGCAUCCCAAAAGGCAGCCGAAUUAUGGGCCCUGGUCAAAAGUAGUGCGCUGUGUAGGGAAUAGGGUGCCAUAGGCCCUGGUCAAAAGUAGUGCACUAUGUAGGGAAUAGGGUGCCAAGGCCCUGGUCAAAAGUAGUGCACUACGUAGGGAAUAGGGUGCCAUGGCUCUGGUUAAAAGUAGUGCACUAAAUAAGGAACAGGGUGCCAAGGCCCUGGUUAAAAGUAGUGCACUAAAUAGGGAAUAGGGUGCCAUUUUGGACACUUCCUUUGUGUAACCCUUCGUUGGACAUUAAGCUUGUUAACUUUGAAUUACUGGGACAGGAUAUGACUUCAUAGGAAGCUGAUGACUUCUCAUGGCCUUGUGAUGAGGCAGUAUCAUGUGACGGAUGCACGAGGAGAAGAGGAGGAGAGGAUGGAGGGAUGAAUGAAUACACAUAUACAACAUGCAACACACACAAAACGCAACACACACACACAAAAUGCAACACACACACACAAAAAGCAAAACGCAACACACACACAAAACAACAUGCAACUGUCAUGACGUUGGCCUGGGGGUAGGUUUAUGACAGUCAUAAAUACCUCUUCCCCCCUUUUUCCUCUCUCUACCCUACUGAUGUUACAUUUGCAAAACCCCUUGGUUAACAUAGAGAUUCUGGGAACAUCAGAAGGUGGGGGGAAAUGAACUAUAUUCUGGUAAUCCGACCAAUUGAACAUAUGCGGUGGUAUUUAAUGAAUAUGAUGUCAGUUCGGUUGUCAUCUGAGACAUUGUCAUCAAUGAUAAGAUGACAAACUCUACAGUGGAAAGUCUACACAUCAGAGUUAUCGGAUUCACAUGGAAUUGUUGUUCAAUUUAAAUGUUUGAAUAUGAAAUCUUUUGUGAUGGGAUGAAAUAUGAUUUUAGCUUCUAAAAUGUGAGAUUUGGGUUUUCAUAAGAUAGGGCUCUGCUCAAUCAGAGGCCCGCCCUGUGAAGGGACAUGGGCUAUAAAACUUUUCAAACACGCCCUCCUCUCCCUUCCUAUAUAAAGCCUUGACGACAAUAUAACCUCCUGUUCCGAGGAUGUGAGGACGACGGUCCGAUGUCAGAAUGGUCCAGAUAAUAACUACAGAACGAAGCCAACAUCAGCGUGAGCUUUGGUUGCGAAUGGUAUGAACUUUGAACUCUUAUUCACUACAGAAGUGAUACCUCCUAGCCGUUGAGUUACCAACAGCAGCUGCAAAUGAGGGUUAGGAAGGAACAGACAGAGUAUCCCGUCUAUCACACAACGACGUUACUACAACGUAUCCAAUUGACCACCAGAGACAUUCUUCAAAGGACAAAGGACUCGGUUUGGCAACAUGGCCUUCCAUCUACCACCAACUUACUGAAGCGCAGCUCAGAGUAAAUAUUUAUCGCAUUUUCCUUUUCCAAAUGGGUGGUAAUUUAGAAUGCAUAAGAUACUGUAUUUACGAUAGCACAGCUUCGCCUUUGUUCCUCAGUCUUCCAGCUUUUUCACUCAACCCAGCCUCUUUUCUUUUGUGUAGCAAGCUGUCAUAUCUGUUCCGCCCGCUAGGGACGUUUUACUUUAUGACGUCAUUUGUAACCAAGUUAUGAUUAAUUAUGUGUAUGUGUAAUUCUGUGUGAUUAGUUAGGUAUUUAGUAAAUAAAUAAUUAAACCCCA